AUGCAGGCUGGCUUUUUAUUUGCUGGUUUCUACAAAGGCAGUCAAGACAAAUAUUUGACCUUUAAAUCUCUGAACACGAGUAACAGUGGAGCGUUGAGUCUGGAUGAAUUCAUGAACAUCUAUCAGCACGUCAAGUUUCGUUGGAAGAUGGAAAGUCUUCCAAGCCAGGAUAACGAUCGUGCCUUUGUCACUAGAAUGAAACAUUAUGUUGUAGUCACGCUGAACUUUGUCUGGGUCAUCAUUGAUGUCUCGUUGAAGUCAAGUUUACCGAAAGACAAUCCUUGGAUGGAUCUUGAGUUCAAAUUCUUUGGCAUUUCGGUCUUGUUUGUUCUCAUAUACACAGUGGAGAUGGUGAUGAAAUGGAUUGUGCUCGGGAUAAGAGAAUAUUGUGCGAGUGGAUGGAACAUAUUUGAUUGUGUAGUUACCCUGGUCUCAAUAAUUGGAAUCAUAAUGGAGGCAGUGCUGUUCAGCGGUUUAGGAAAUGACAAACUCUAUAUCGUUGUCAUUUUGAGGCCUCUCAGGAUUAUAAGAUUGUUCAAAAUGAAGAAAAGUUUUCGAGACAUAUUCGGUGCCUUGUUUAUAUUGCUUCCAAGAAUGACAAGCUUAGCUAUUGCCAUGUUGUUGCUAUAUUACACAUUUGCCAUCAUUGGAAUGGAACUCUUUGCUCAAUAUACCGACCAACUCAAAGAUUGCUGCAAGUAUGGCUUCAUAAAGAAUACAAGUGUUCAAGUAUUUUAUGCUUUCAAUGAUAGCAUCGACGGAUAUUAUUACCUCAACUCAUUUGAAAAUAUCUUUAUCAGCGGAGUGACCUUAUUUGAGCUGACCGUGGUCAACAACUGGUGGAUUAUAAUGGAAGGGUUCGCCAACGUCGUUUCACCGUGGAGCCGCUUGUACUUCAUGACUUUCUACAUCAUCAUCAUGAUUGUAAUGGCUGUAGUAGUCGCAUUUAUAUUGGAAGCAUUCAUCUUUAGGAUACAGUACAGACAUCAAAUGGAAAAAGAAACUUUGGAAGUACAUGCAUCACAAAAGGUAACGAUUGAAAUCAGUACGGAUGAUUUGUUUAACAACUGCAACAUCAACCUGCUUUCCAAUGGAUCACAACUUGUCAGGUUCCAUGGCAAGAGGAAGAUGUGUAAGAGUGAUUUCAGUGUUAGAAUGUACGCCAAUGAGGUUAAGGAAUGGUUGAAUGUCUCGCAAUCUGCUACAGCUUUGACCGAACAACCGCCAACUAGUGAUUCUUCUCAAGUCAGACCAACUUUUGUUAGCACUAAUCGCGACGACGAUAUUCAUCAGUUCAACAACAACGUUACUAACUGCAACAACAACCAUAAUAAUAAUAGUAAAAAUGAUGAUAAUAAUAGUUGUAUGAGAUAA